GCGGUGUGGGGAAAGAAAUAUUGGAAGCGGUUGGAAGGAAGAGAUGGACUUCUCCAAGUUUUCAGACAAGGAUUUCGACGCCAAAGAGUGGGUAAAUGGAGCUCUUCGUUCCCACAAGGAUGCACGCAUAUCCAUAGACGCGCACGCCUCGACACUAGUAAUGAAGCUCCAGCUUUUUAUUCAGGAGGUCAACAAGUCGCUGGAGGAAACCAGCCUGCAAGUUGUGCAGAACUUACCGAGAGUGAUGAGAGAUGUCGAGGCGGUGAGACAAGAGGCGACUCUGCUCAAGGAACAGAUGACCACCGUCAAAGAAGACAUCAAGAAGGUAGAACGAGAGACGGCACAGUCGAUGCAGAGGCUGGUAGAACUGGACUCGAUGAAAACUCGGAUGCUGGAAUCUCAGAACGCACUGCAGGAGGCAGACAACUGGACCACUCUGUCAGCUGACGUGGACGACGUAUUUGCAUCUCAAGACAUUCACAAGAUUGGCGAGAAGCUGGCCGGGAUGCAGCAGAGCUUGAACGUGCUUCACGACGUCCCCUGACUACGAGCAGAGGAAGAAACUGCUGGAGAGCCUCAAAAACAAACUGGAGGCUCUGCUAUCUCCUCGUCUCGUCGCCGCCCUCAGCAGUCACAACCUCGAGGAGGCGCAGGAGUAUGGGAAGAUGUUCACCAGCAUCGAACGCUAUUCGCAGCUCAGAAACUAUUUCAUCGGCUGCCACAAAACAGCUCUAGUGGAGAUUUGGACGUCGCUCCAUGACCCUGCGAAAUCACUGAUGAGUUACCUGCCUUCUUUUUACGACGAACUUCUCUCUCGCUGGCACUCGGAGUACACGUGGUGUUCCCAGGUGUUCAGCGACCCCCUGGAUCUGCUGAGUCAGCUAUUCUCCGGUGCCCUGGAGUCACUGGAGUCCCAGAUAUCUCGCUGCCUCCAGGCCUCUCUCCAAUCAUCCUCUCUCUCCACCCUCACUGAUGCUAGACAGCAAGCUCUGAAGUUUGUGAAAGGACUGGAGAAAAUGAUCUCAGAAGUUCCCAUGCCUUCCCCUCCUCUUCCUUCUCUUUUCUCGCUCGUGGAGGCCGUCCACGCUCCGUUCUGCCAGCUCCUGGUCCGAUACCCAAACCUGGAGCAGCAGUCCCUCACUCACACCCUCAAAGACAUGCAGCUGUAUACAGCAGCUCCAGAAGACACGGUGUCUUCUCUCUCCUCGUCCAUUCCGAAAGUGCUCCACUCUGCAGCCCAGGCUCUGGAGAGGUGUGUUCAACUGACUGAGGGCUGGGGUACGGCUGGACUAGUUAGAGCACUGGAGGCGUUCUUCACUCAGUACCUGUCGAAGUUGUCGUCCACUGUCAACAGUCUGCGUGGGUCGUGUGGACUGGGCACUAGGGCUGGAGGAGGAGGAGCCUCGCGGGGAGAGGACUGGGCAUAUCUGCAAGUGGCUUUCGCCCUCAUCCAGUGUUGUGGAGAACUACUUCUUCGAAGCGAGGGGCUCAAUAUGCAGGUGAGCGACUGUCUCUCGUCGCGAGCAGCUAGUCUGACAAGUCCGGCAGACCAGUCAAACCCGUUUGGCCUGUACGACUACCUGUUAGUCUACCAUCCCGAGGAGCACACGGCCACCAUGGAACUACUGACUGCAGUUGAGAAAGGAGGGAGUGGUGGACACCAACUUCUGGUGAGAACCAACAAACUCAUCCACUCACUCAACGCCCAGGCCCACACAUUCGCCUUUGAUCUCCUAUUCCUCAAACUGAAACAGAAACUCUCCAACUUCCCAAAACUAAAGGUAUGGGAGACAGGGGUGGUGUCUCCACUUGAGAGCCCACGUGCCCUGACAGACGAUCUUCCCUCCUUCACCCUCUCUCCUCUACCUUACAUCACUGAGAUUGGUGACUAUCUGUUGACGCUACCGCAGCAGCUAGAGCCAUUCACGUCCCAGGAAUCUCCUGCCCUGAGCGCCGCUCUCAAACAAAGCCAUCUACCCUUCCCUCCUACUGAUGGUAAGACACUACUUCAAGACUCUAUUGUAGCUCCUGUCGAUGUACAAGGAUCUGUGAGAUGUUGAGACUCUACCACUGUUAGUAUGCCUGCUUGGUCACCACACAUCAGUGAGCUGCAUGAAUUCUAUUUUCAAACCAAACUUGUGGUAUCUUAAGAGUUAACGAAUGCCACUCAAUGGACAAUAUAAUGUAAGCCACUCGCUGUUUCUAUGGAUAGGAGUGGCAGCUGACGAGCGAGAGGGAGAGGAACACCCCUCUGAUGCCUGGCUGGGUGCAGUGGCUCGAGGGACAAUGAGCACGUACAUGACCAACAUCCUCCAGAUACCUUCUCUCUCCCAGCAGGCAGCCACUCAGCUAGCAACAGAUAUAUCGUAUUUGUGUAAUGUGUUGGCUGCUCUGGGUCAGAGUCCAAUCAAGCAGCUGACACAGCUGGAGAGCCUCAUCAAGGCCACGCGGGAUGAGUUCAUUGGCUUUGAGAAAUAUGAGACCAUUCCAAGGCAGCUCUACCAGGCUAUGGCUGGAAUAAGAACAUGGCAUGAGUAAAACUCCUUUUAUGAUUCACAUUUCACUCCCCAACGA